AUGCCCUUCCUUGCACUACCAGGUUUCUAUCGACUCCUUUUCCUCUAUCUGGAGCCGGCGUCGACCAUUAUGCCGACUUUUAUGGCCUGGGCGGUUCCCGGGGCGGCGUGGUUCCAUCACGAGCUCAUACCCUCGGUCUCGUCAGUACCCUCGACGCUUGAUCCACGCACAACUAUGGCUAUAUGGCAGCUGGGAAACUGUUAUAUGCUGCUGGGUCUACUCUCGUCGUUCGUAUUCCGCGCUGUGCGUGAUGCAUUGCCGAACAAUCCCGCUGCGCAAGAGCGCAUCCUCGGCGCAAGCUUUCUUGCAAUGGCGAUAGCAGAUGUCACACACAUCGGCGCGACUUUUGUUGGACUGCCUCCAGCACUGCGGUAUGACCUGCUGUCGUGGAACUCUAUGACACACGGCAACAUAACUGUUGUGGUUGUGUUGUUGAGCUGCAGGAUAGCAUGGUUUUUCGGCAUCGGGAGACAAAGGUAUUACUUCGGCCAGUCAUCGCAGAAGCAAGAUAAGACGGCUUGA